AUAAAAGUCUAUCUGGAAAGCCAAAAACUUUGAAAAAUAUUCCAAUUCUUUCUAUACAUUUCUUUGGAUGAUUCAUUCAUUCAUUUUUGGAAGAAUUUAAUCAAAUCUAUAGCAACGAUCUCCGAUUUUUAUCUACUCUGUUUUGUUUUUCGCUGAUGAACAAAAAAAACUUUUCAAUAAAUGUAAAAAAUGGGUAACUGUGUAACAUCGGAAGAAUCGAAUAAUUUUCUUACAAAUUCAAAAGAAUCUUAUUGUGAUCAAGUGGCAAGAUCAUCGCAGAAUUCGAAAUUGGAUUCAAAUUUACAUCGAAAUUCGAUACAAACAUCAUCACAAAAUAUAAAUAAUAAAUCUAGUACAUCUACUAAUCAUGAUGUAGUGAAUAAUUCCAAAGCUCAAUCAUCAACAGCGGCCGGAGCUGGUGCUAGUGCUGGUGCAUCCGUUUCCAAUUCAUCCAAACAUUUAAAUAAAAUAGUCAUAGCAUUAUAUAAUUAUUUUGCCAGUGAUGAAGGUGAUCUUAGUUUUCGUAAAGGUGAUCGUCUGCAAAUUGUUGAUGAUACUGAUCCUGAUUGGUGGCUAGCCAAACAUCUUACAACCAAUCAAAAAGGUUACAUUCCAAUGAAUUAUGUUGUAUCCGAAAUAAUUGAAAUGGAAGACUGGUUUUUUGGUAAAAUAUCACGAAGAGAAGCGGAAAAAUUAUUACUUUGUCCAAAUAAUCCCAGAGGAACUUAUCUAAUUCGUUAUAGUGAACAAACUGCCGGUGCCUAUUCAUUAUCAAUCAAAGAUGUUGAUCAACAAAAACGUGAACAUGUUAAACAUUAUAAAAUCAAAGCAAUGGAUAAUGGUGGAUUCUAUGUAACAACAAGAAAAACAUUCAGUUCAUUACAAGAACUUGUUGCAUAUUAUUCCGAAAGUGCUAAUGGUUUAUGUCAUGUAUUAACAAAACCAUGUCCAAAAGCUAAACCAUGUUUAUGGCCAUCGAAAAAAGAUGAAAUCGAUCGUGAUGAUUUACAAUUUGUUCGUGAAUUAGGUGGCGGUAAUUUUGGCAAAGUAUUUUACGGUACAUAUCGUGGCCAAGUUGAAGUAGCAAUCAAAAUGCUUAAACCAGGUACAAUGUCACCGCAAGCAUUUCUAGAAGAAGCAGCUAUUAUGCGAAAAUGUCGUCAUGAAAAACUUGUACCAUUAUUCGGUGUUUGUUCACAGGGUGAACCAUUAUUGAUUGUUACCGAAUUUAUGUGCAACGGUAGUCUUUUGGAUUAUCUACGAAAACGUGAAGGAAAAUUAUUAAAAAUCAAUGAUCUUCUCGACAUGGCUGCACAAAUAGCCAGUGGUAUGGCAUUUCUUGAAAGUCAAAAACUUAUUCAUCGUGAUCUUGCUGCUCGAAAUAUUUUGGUUGGUAAAAACCGUAUCGUUAAAGUUGCUGAUUUUGGCCUAGCUCGUGUUAUCGAAGAUUCCGAAUAUACAGCCAGGCAAGGUGCUAAAUUUCCCAUCAAAUGGACUGCACCUGAAGCAGCGCUAUAUGGCAAAUUUUCAAUCAAGUCCGAUGUUUGGAGUUAUGGUAUUUUACUAUAUGAACUUAUAACUCAUGGACAAGUACCUUAUCCAGGAAUGCAUAAUCGGGAAGUUAUUGAACAAGUUGAACGUGGUUAUCGUAUGCCUAAACCAACAAAUUGUGAAUGUUCCGAUUCUGUUUAUUCAAUAAUGCGACAAUGUUGGGAUGCUGAUCCUGAAAAACGACCUACAUUCGAAUAUUUAUAUGGUUUUUUCGAUGAUUUUCUUGUUGCUGCUGAACCAAAUUAUAGAGAUGCUGAAGAAUUCUGAAAAUCGAUAACAAAAUCAAGCUCAUUCAAUCCAAAGAGAUUCAACACAAUUUUUUCUAAUGAUUUUUAUCAAUUUGUAUUAUUUUUAUCUAUCAUCAUCAU